AUGUCCGUCCCCGCGCUCAACUUUGUGACGUUCAACCAGGACCACAGCUGCCUGGCUGUGGGCACAUCCAAGGGCUUCCGCAUCUACCACACCGAUCCCUUCUCGAAAAUAUUCAGCAGUUAUGACGGUAGUGUGUCCAUCAUCGAAAUGCUCUUUUCGACGUCACUCGUGGCCAUGGUUCUGUCACCUCGGCAUUUGGUGAUUCAGAACACUAAACGCGCCUCCGUCAUAUGCGAGCUUACAUUUCCGUCUGCCGUUCUCGCCGUGCGGCUCAAUCGGAAACGUCUCGCCGUCGUUCUUGAAGACGAGAUUUACCUCUACGACAUAGCGAACAUGAGCCUCUUGUACACCAUCGCAACAUCUCCAAACCCCAGUGCCAUAUGUUGCCUUUCUCCAUCCUCCGACAACUGCUAUAUCGCAUACCCUCUCCCCAAACCCCGCGAGGACCGCGACGAGAAACGUCCUUCGCAUGCUCCGCCACUGUCGUCAUAUAUUGCUCCAACAUCUGGCGAGGUCCUCAUCUUUGACGCAAUCACGCUUAAGGCCGUCAAUGUCAUUGAGGCUCAUCGUUCACCCUUGUCCUGCAUUGCAAUCAACGGCGACGGCACGUUGUUGGCGACAGCGUCUGAGACUGGUACCAUCAUCCGCGUGUUCAGCGUCCCCAAGGGCCAGAAACUCUACCAGUUUCGCCGUGGCACAUACCCGUCCACGAUAUACAGCAUGUCCUUUAACCAGGACUCUUCCCUGUUGUGUGUUUCCUCAACGUCGGACACCGUUCAUAUUUUCCGCCUUGGGGGCCCACAAGGUACCCUGGGCGACGGCCUAGGAGGCGCACCCACCGGCGCAGCGGCUUAUGCUGGUGUCACGGAUUUUGGCUCAUCACAACAAGGCCUCUGGGGCCGUUCGCGCAGCCACGACAGUUUUAACGAAUCUCCCAGCAGUACUGCCGGCUCGCCGCAGAACGAGUCCUCCGAUGUAGCUGGCAGCAGUGCCAACCGAGAUGGAACCGUAUCCGGACAAAGACGACAAAGCGGCUCGUUUGGAAGCAUGUUACGAAGAUCGUCCCAAAUCAUGGGCCGUAGCGUUGCAGGAGUCGUCGGUUCCUACCUUCCACAGACAGUAACUGAAAUUUGGGAGCCACUACGAGACUUUGCGUUUAUCAAAAUCCCACGGUCUGGUGCAACAGCCACUCCAUCCAAGGCGACUCCGUCAGGACCUUCUUUCAACACCGGCGCUGGGAGCUUGAACUAUUCUGGUGGGCCACUACGAAGCGUGGUGGCGAUGAGCAGCAACAGCCCCCAGAUUAUGGUUGUCACAAGCGACGGGGGAUUCAAUGUUUUCAAUAUCAAUAUGGAAACCGGCGGUGAAGGAUAUCUGGCUGACCAUUUCUCGUAA